CUUUUACCCCCUAAAGCGGCCGUCUCCCGCGCAAGGGAACCGCCGCUCCGGCGGCGAGGCGCCGCCGGGGCCGAAACAGCCGCGAAAUCCUUGUCGCGCUCGCGAGGGACUUUUCGCAAUAAAGCCCUCCGUCUUUGUUCUUCCUCAACCUGCAGUCCGUCUUCUUCCCGUCGAUUCCCCACCGCCCUCGCCCGCGCCGCUUCGCGCUCUCCCGCGCCUCUCGCCGCCGCUCUCUCCUCCCUGUCCAUCCCGACGCGGCGCCUCCAUCCACACCCUCGUAGGCCACCGAAAUCGAAUCCCGCCCUCGCUGGUCAUCUACACCGCGUCCCGCCGCCUAAAACUCGAAUCUUGGCGGUGAACGUCAGCAGCCCUCGAUGCCGAAGCUCUUGCGCCACAGAAGCGCCGCCCUGAGCAUCUCCAUGACCUCCUUCAUCUUGAACUCCAGUGCGCGGAGGAACUUGAGAAGCACUGUGUCCGCGCGCUCAUCGUCGCGCACCAGCGGCACGCCCCAGAUGAGCUCCUCCUUCGGCUCCGCCUCCAGCUCGGACGCGGUGGGGACGAAGGUCUCUUCUAUGGCUUCCACGGUUCAUCCUUGGGCUCCUCUUUCGUGGGCUCCUCGGUCUUCUCCCCCCUUCCGCCGCCGUCCUUGCUCGCCUGCUGCUGCUGCUUCCCGCCGCGGCGUAUUCAGCGUCGGCGUCACGCUCGCCGGCUCGGCAUCGCCCUGCCACAGCACGGCAUCAUCAAGAACAACUACCAUGGUCUCCCCUUCUCUUCUGCUAGCGCAACAACUGCCAUUGAGUUUUCCCAGCAAUACCCCUUUUGAAUCGGCGAGGUUUUACACCUUGACCACCAUUAGAGGUAUGCCAUGCGAUGCCACCUGUUAUGUUUUGCUUCGGAGUCAUCUAACGCUGGACACUUCUAAGUUACUCAGCCAGCGCUUCUUUCUGUCAGUUGAGUUCUUCAGUUCUUUUCUCUGUCAGUUGAGUACUUCAGUUCUUCUCUCUGUCAAUUCCUUUAGGAUUCUGUGCAUGGAGAUUGCAGCUUCAUUUGCUGUGUACUUCAGGGGCUUCCUGGAGGUGCUGGUUACACUGUUAUGGUCUUAUGGAGCAACAAAGACCAAAGUACACAUGGAUUGCUCAGAUGCACACAGUGAGAGAGCUCGAGCUCGUGGCGGCGGCACACGUGGAGCAGGCCAACUCGUGUCAUCGUCUAAUUAAAAUUGACGGCUUGUUUGCCAACGAUCUUAUGUAGAGAUGCAGUUUACCGUGAAAUACGAGAGAUGGUAUUCACAUGCGAAGCACUAAAUACUCAACAAAACCGACCUAAUAGCCAUCUAUUAUACUGAUGCUUAUUUAUAACGGGUCUAGGUGACAUUGCAUGAGCUAA